AUGAACAAUGUGUUCGCCGUGUACGGCAUUGAAGUUUCGAAACGACAUCUGUCACUGACCGCUGAUUAUAUGACAUACACUGGACAGAUAGCACCAUUCAAUCGAGCAGCGAUGUCAUCCUCAUCGUCACCACUUCAGAAGAUGACUUUUGAGACGACUAUGGCUUUUAUGAAGGAAGCAUUGUUGCAUGAGCUUGAAAAGGUCUUGAAGAAGUUAGGACCUGCUUACCAAGAAGAUUUGUUAAAGGAAGCUUCGCUACCAGCUUUUUGA